CCGAGAACGUGACAAUUGAUAAAAAGCACACAGUUCAUUUAUUGUAGCAAAACUGGCAACAUCUAUUUCGUUUGAGUCACUGUUGGGCGAAGCCUUGAAUAAUUGUUCAGUGCAUAUACAAAAAAAAAGCGAUAAUGGCAAAUAACGAGAGCAUGGGAAAGUUGAUUCCAUUUAUGAAUCAAAUACAAGAUAUAUUUACAAAACAUGCAGUUUCUGUUAAAUUUGAUUUACCACAAAUUGUGGUUAUUGGUAGUCAAAGUGCUGGAAAAAGUUCAGUGUUGGAAAGUUUUGUUGGAAGAGAUUUUCUUCCAAGAGGAAGUGGAAUUAUAACACGCAGGCCACUGAUUUUACAAUUAAUCACCAACACAAUUAGUGAUGAAGAAUAUGCUGAAUUUGAACACACCGAAAACAAAAAAUUUCAAAUUGAUGAAGUUUGUAAAGAAAUUGAGGACGAAACAGACAAAUCAACAGAUGGCGACAAAGGAAUAAAUCCCAAACCAAUAACUUUGAAGAUUUAUUCACCAACUGUUUUGAACUUGACAUUGGUUGAUUUGCCUGGAUUAACGAAAGUACCAGUUGAAGGACAACCAGAUGAUAUUGCUGUUCAAAUAAGAAAAAUGGUUCUUGAAUAUAUAACCAAAGAAAAUGCUCUUAUAUUAGCAGUAACACCUGGUAAUAUUGAUCUUGCAACUAGUGAUGCACUUGAACUUGCAAAGGAAGUCGAUCCUUCUGGUACAAGAACAAUUGGAGUCAUUACAAAGCUGGACAUGAUGAGUGAAGGUAGUGAUGCCAGAGCUGUUUUAGAAAACAAAUUGUAUCCAUUGAGUAGAGGAUACGUUGGUGUCAUCAAUCGUAAUCAGAGUGAUAUUGACAAAAAAAAAAGUAUUGCUGAUGCAAUUGAGUCGGAGAAAAAAUUUUUCAACACUCAUGCAGCAUAUAAAUUUUUCUCUGAUAAACUCGGGAUUCAUUGUCUACAACGAAUCCUCAAUGAACAAUUGACAAAUCACAUACGUGAUAAAUUACCAGGAUUACGAAACGAGUUGCUAGCUGAAUUGUCAAAUAUUAUAAAACAUUUAGGAGAAAAAGAUUAUCAACUUGACGACACCUCAUUAAAAAUAAAAUCUUUAUCUGAAAUGCAUAGAGCUGUUCUCAACGUGUUUAAUAACCAAAUUGGUUUUUAUGAGUCGGAUGAAGUGAGCACCAUACCAAAUGGUGGUUGCAAAAUCAAACAAUUGAUGCAUAAGAGUCUUCCACAUUCUAUUUCCCGUGUAAUACUGGCCGAUGAAGAAUUACGAAAAGAAAUUAUUGGAACAAUUCAAAAUGUUCGAGGUGCAAGAAAAGGUCUUUUUUUGCCAGAUAAGGCAUUUGAGAAUGUUGCAAAAGCACAAAUUCGUAAAUUACAAGAACCAUGUAUCAAAUAUGUCAGUCUUGUUAUUAAGGAACUCACCAAUAUCUUACUUUAUUGCAUUGAUCAUAUGUCUGCAUAUCCAAAAUUACGAGCAGAGACUAAGCGUAUUUUGAUGUCACGUGUUAAAGAUUGUGAAAAAAAAUGUAAAGAACACCUUGAUAUUUCAAUUCAAAUACACCUUAGUUAUUUGAACACUGCAAAUGAAGAACUUAUUAAUUUCAAGAAGGCCGAAGAAACUGCGGUUAAUCAAAUGAAAAUAAACCACAUCAAUAUCAGGCAGUAUCGAUAG